AUGGAGGCUGAUAGGGAAACUGCUCCUGUUGAGCGACAGACAUCAGUAAGGACAGGUGCAGGUGCACAGAGACGUGGAAUUUUAUGGGAGAGAGAGGUGAAUUCACAUCCAGUCGAGACUUCACUGCCUGAAACUGCAAAACCUAUUGCCAACUGGGUUGGGAGAUUACAGGAAUACCUUGUUAAAUAUGAAAGAGGACUACCAGACUAUAAAUUUGAAGAGAGCAAUGAUAAAAUUCGAAACUUGUACAGUGCUACUGUGAAGAUCCCGGGCGUACGUGGGGCUUACCAAGCCACUGCCUACAACAAAGCAGAUGCAAAACAACUUGCAGCCAAGAAGAUGUUUAACGCCAUUAGCAAAUCAGGUUCAGAAGGCACCCAGGCUGCGCAAGCAUCCCAAGACCGCCUCAGUGUGCGGACAUUGCGCAGCUACCUGAAAAACCAUACGGAGGAGAAGCCGGCUAAUGCUGACAGUGGACAAGAUGACUCCUUUGAGACAUUCGUUGAUGCGUUCAGCAAAAUUGACUUCGAAGAGGGGAAUCCAGAAAAGACGAUUCAAACCUCAAUUGAAGUUCUCAAAAGACUUUCAACACUUGAGAAAUUCGAUAUCGAGUAUCAUGAUGUUCCAACCACCAGAAAUUCAUAUUUGUGUCUAUUGGAAGCAAAAAUUGGCCAAAGUCUUGUUUGUCACGGAAUUGGGGAAAACCGGCCCCAGGCGAUGGAGAAGGCCGCGGAAAGUAUGCUGGAAUUAGUGCGCUUCUUCAAACACUUUAAGAAAGAGAGAUGA